GGUUAAAUUGACGCAGGGACUCGGUGACGCCCUCACAGAGCGCGUGUUCAGAUAUGAACAUAGUUUAAUUUGUCAAGAAACGAAACCUAACACUCAGUAUAUAAAACUGUCCACUUCAAUGGUCAUCACAGAGAAAGACCACCAUGGACCGUGUCACUGCAAUCGCUGUUGGAGCAGGAGCAGUAGGAGCUGUGGUCGCAGCUCCUGUUGCUCUUGGGGUUGCAGGUUUCACCUCGGCUGGAAUAGCAGCAGGUUCCAUAGCUGCUAAAAUGAUGUCAGCUGCCGCAGUUGCUAACGGAGGAGGAGUGGCUGCAGGCAGUUUAGUGGCUACUUUGCAGGCAGCAGUUACGGCACUCCUCGUUGGAGCAGGAGCAGCAGGUGCGGUGGUCGCAGCUCCUCUUGUUCUGGCCGGUGUAGGUUUCACCUCGGCUGGAAUAGCAGCAGGCUCCUACGCUGCCGGCAUGAUGUCUGCUGCUGCAGCUGCUAACGGAGGG